ACAGUCAAACUAAAAGCCUGUUUCUAAAAGACCCGGUGAAGAAGACCAGACGCUAAAGACGAGAACGGGAGGACGUGACUGUCUGAGCGACUGAAAAUGGCUUUGAGGGCAUGUUUGAGGACCAAGCCGGGUUUAACAGGUCUUCUGUCCCAGCUCUCCUGCAGCGGUCAUGCUGCUGCUCGCAGGGCUCCUGCGCUUGUUGCUCAGCGGAGCAGCAGCUCCACCUCACAGAAGAUCAAAGUGGAUUUUGACCAGAGCUCAGGUGUGGCAGUGAUGCACAUGCAGAGUCCUCCUGUCAACAGUCUUAGUUUAGAGUUUCUCACUGAUGUCUGCAUUGCUCUUGAGAAGCUGGAGAUGGACAAGAGCUGCAGAGGCCUCGUCAUCACCUCGAGCCAGCCCAAGGUGUUCUCAGCCGGGCUGGACAUCUUGGACAUGUAUGGGAAGAGUCCAGAGCACUGUGCGGAGUUCUGGAAAGCUGUGCAAGAGAUGUGGCUCAAGUUCUAUGGCUCCAACAUGAUCACUAUAGCAGCAGUCAAUGGCUCCAGUCCUGCAGGAGGCUGCCUGCUGUCGAUGACAUGUGACUACAGAAUAAUGGCGGAUAACCCUCGUUACAGCAUCGGUCUCAAUGAGACCAAGCUCGGCAUUGUAGCACCUUUUUGGUUUAAGGACACUAUGGUAAACACAGUCGGACAUCGGACCACAGAGAUGGCCCUACAGUUGGGGCUGCUGUACAGCCCUGCAGAGGCCUUGAAGAUAGGAUUGGUGGACCAGCUGGUGCAUGAAGACCAGGUCCUCACUACAGCCACAGAGACCAUGACCAAGUGGUUGGCUAUUCCAGAUCACGCCAGACAGCUCACAAAGUCCAUGAUGAGGAAGCCAACCAUAGACAAGCUGGCGGCUAACAGAGAGGCUGAUGUCAAUAACUUUGUCAAGUUCAUCACCAAGGACUCUAUUCAGAAGUCCCUGGGGAUGUAUCUGGAGAUGCUUAAGAGAAGAAAGGCUUAGAGAGGGGAAACAUGUUUGCACACUUUGUAGCACCAGCUACAGAUGUGAUCUGACAUCAGGCAGUGAGCAGUCUACAUGUUUGGGGGAUCAAACCCAGCAUUUACACCUCAAGGUGUUAAUAAAAACACUCGAGGUUAGGGUGUGACUUUUUGUUUUUGUUUGAAGAGCCGUACACUCGGGCAACCUGCCGAGCCUUCUCCAUCACUCAGCAUUACCUGCAGUAUGCUUACGCGAGCAAACUGCUAAUUGUUGCAAAAGAGUCUCACAUAUGAAGAACUAACAGCAAAUCGGACCUUUAGUGCAUCUAAAUGUGGCAAAGCCUUUGUCAUCUCUAACAAAUGUUUGGUUUUUACUGUGAAAUAUCCAAAUAAAUGUCUGGAUUCAUACGUUAAAUGGA